GCAGAUAAGUAAGCAAAAAAAUCAUUAAUUACGAAAAUACCCUUAAAUUUCUCCGAUAGGGAAAAAAAAAAGUUCUGCGCCGCGUUUCAACGCUCAAUAGUGUUUCAUCUUCUCUCAAAUCAAAAUCCAGAGAGACAAAAAAAAAGAUUUUUUCUCAUCAGAUUCUGAAGAGUGUCUUUGUUCUUCUUACAAAGAAGUUUUCUUUUUUCUUGAAGAUUCUUCGGUUGCUGUUCGAAAAGUUUUCGUUUUCGUUUCUCUCGGAGCUCAAAAUCAGUCGGCGAGAACGUUUUUCUCGGGAAAAAAAUGGAAAUGGAAGUUGUUUUGGGAAUCGGAGAAGAGGCGAGACCUAAACCUUGUUCUUCGGAGAUUGAAUCAGCUGAGAAAACCCUAAAAGAUGAUGGUGUUGUUCAAGAGAACGGUGUUAGGGUUUCUGAAAACGGUGAGAAAAACUCGGAUGCUAUUGAAGAUUGUGUGAUGAAUGGAGUUUCUUCUUUGCUGAAAUUGAAGGAAGAUGUGGAAGAAGAAGAAGAGGACGAAGAAGAUGAUGAAGAAGAAGAAGAAGAAGAAGAAGAGCAUGGAUACUGUGUAGGAGAUUUUGUGUGGGGUAAAAUCAAGAAUCAUCCAUGGUGGCCAGGUCAGAUUUAUGAUCCAUCAGAUGCUUCAGAUUUGGCUUUGAAGAUAAAGCAGAAAGGGAAAUUGCUUGUGGCGUGUUUCGGAGACGGGACAUUUGCUUGGUGCGGUGCGUCGCAGUUGAAACCGUUUGCUGAGAGUUUUAAAGAGUGUUCAAAGGUGAGUAACUCGAGAGGGUUUCUCGGUGCGGUGGAAGAGGCGGUUGAAGAAAUUGGUAGACAGAUUGAGCGUGUAUUGGUAUGUGAUUGUGCUGAGGAGAAGCAUAAGUUUGAUAGUCCUGUAGUUAACAAUGCUGGGAUUAAGGAAGGUGUUUUGGUGCCCGAUGUGAGACGGGAAAUGAUUUCGUCGUUACUGGUUGGGAAACAUGGAGAGAUUCUUAAAGAUGUUAAAAGUUUUGCAGAGACGGUUAGUUUUAGUGGUUUGCUUGAGUUGGAGAUAUUGAAAAGGAAGGUAUCUGCGUUUUAUCGGUCUAAUAGAGGAUAUGGUUUGACUGAGUAUCAUGAGCCUCAAUCAGUUCCAGGACUUGAGGAUAAGAACAACGAUGAUGAUGAUGAUGAAGAUGAGAAUGUUAAUGAUGGGUUAGAAUGGCAUGCUAAACAUUCUAGCAUAGAAGAAGCUGCAGACUUGGAUCAUGAAGAGUCGUCUCUUCAGAGAUCGUUAGAGAAGUGUUCGGGUUUUCCUGAUCAUAGGCUGCCCCACAGAAGGAAGGAGAAAAGCAUUACUGAAAUUAUAGAGAAUGAGUCGGCUGCUAAGGUGAGGUUUGAGACAGAACCUAAGGAUGGAGAUGUAAAGUCAAAUGUUAAGUCGGGUAGGAAGAAAACAAAAUGCCAUGAUGAUGUUAAUGGUGAUCUUGAAAAUGUAACCGCCACUGCACCGAGGAGGAGAAGAAAGAGUGAAGUAGCUACAAUUGAAGACGCUGGUCACAAGCAAGCGGUAGAAAGUAGCAAAGGCAAAACUUCAAGGAAGAAGAAGAAAAUGGAUGUGGAUGAUGAUGGGAGUGUAGACAGAGAAGAGACUGAGGAAAAAGAGAUUUCAGAUUUGGAAAUAGAUAUCGAUUCAACUCCAUUAGCUUCUUUACGGAAAAGGGUCAGGUUUGAUGAUUCAAACGUUGAAAGGAGUGCUGAAAAUGGCGAGACCGCUACACAAACCUCAAAGAGAGAGAGGAAGAAGAGCAAGUAUCUUUCGCCUGAUUACUUGUCAGAUUUUUCACGGAAAGGAAGAAAAAAGAGUACAAUUGAAUCUGAAUCUUCGAAAGUUUCAAGUCAGAGCCAAGUGGGAGAGCAAAUGACUAAUGCUAGUGAUAGCCUCGUGGCAGUGGAAGAAGAUAUGUUGGAUAAACCUUGUGAACCAUCAUCUGAUAAUGGGUUAGGUCACGAAGAACUGUCAGAGGAACUUAGUAACGCCGUCGACUUUCUGAGGUUGGGAGCUACACCAAAGGAAAUGCUGGAUCUAAUUCGUGUAGCCGCUCUUGGCACACAAUAUCCAAAAGACAGUAGCUCAAGAGACAUGGUAAGAGAAUUCAUGACCAUCUAUAGAAGCUUCACAUAUCAUGAUGGAGCCAAUCACAAGUUCUUAGGGAGCUAUGAUAGUUCGGAUAAAGAAAAGGAAGAACUGAAUGAGAUGGGCAAACAUGUUGUAACUAAGGGAAAAGAGAAGAAAGAUAAGAAGCGUAAAGCCAAGGAGCAAGCAGAGGAGAUAGAGGUAACUGGAAAAGAAGAGAAUGAGACAGACAAGCAUGGGAAAACGAAGAAAGAGCGAAAACGUAAGAAGUCUGAAUCAAAGAAGGAAGGGGAUGAAGGAGAAGAAACCCAGAAAGAGGCGAUUGAGUCUACAAAGAAAGAGAGAAAACUUAAGAAGUCCGAAUCAAAGAAGCAAGCUGAUGGAGAAGAAGAAACUCAGAAAGAGCCAAGUGAGUCAACUAAAAAAGAGAGAAAACGUAAGAAGCCUGAAUCAAAGAAGAAGGCAGAAGCUGUUGAAGAAGAAGAAACUCCGAAAGAUUCGGUUGAAUCAACCAAGAAAGAGAGAAAACGGAAGAAGCCUAAACAUGACAAAGAAGAAGUCCCGAAUGAGACUGAGAAACCCGAGAAGAAGAAGAAGAAAAGAGAGGGAAAGUCGAAAAAGAAAGAAACUGAGAAAGAAUUUUCAGGAGCUGAGCUAUAUGUUACAUUUGGUCCUGGUUCAAGUUUGCCUAAAAAGGAAGAUCUGAUUGAAAUAUAUGAAAAAUUUGGAGCUUUGGACAAAGAGAGAACUGAUAUGGUCGACAACAACUUCUCUGCCCGUGUCGCUUUCUUGGAUGUAGCUGAUGGAGAAAAGGCCUUUGAAUCCUCGCUAGAGAAAUGUCCGUUUACUUCUAAUUCGACCGUUAAAUUCAGACUCAAGUAUCCAAAUGAGAGAACAGAGGAGAAGAAAACUGAAGCUGAAGUUGCAGAGACGACAAUGGAGGUGGGAUAUCUGAAGAAAAAGCUGGAGGAGAUGAAAAUGUUACUUGAUGGAUGCGAAGGAGGAAUGACUGAAGAAGUGAAAGUGAAACUUGAAGAUGAGAUGGUAAAUUUGUUAGAGAAAGUGAGAAAGUGAGAGAGAUAAGAGAUCUUCUUAGGAUUAUUAUGCUUUAUGUUUUUUUUUUUUUGUUGGUUGGGAAUUUUCAGGAGACUUUUGCAGGGUUUAGGAUUUUUUAUGGUUUCUGCAAAACAAAAGAAAACUAUUUUGAGAGGGUGAUGAUGAUACUAUCAUACUAUGAUCUUGUCAUAGGUUAGAAUUAGAUCGAUGUUCUUUUGGGCUUUAGGUGUAUCACUGAUAUUAGUAUCAAUUAUCUUACAUAUCCAUUAUCUUACAAGCCCA